GUUAACGGUCCAGUCAGGAUAGGCUGUGUUCAGCUUGGUGUAGGCACCUCCUGUCAGGUUUCUUAGGAAGUGAUUGACCAGGAGAAACAGGGCACUAUACCUGCCUUUUCAGCACUCCUGCCUGCUGCCCCCGAGACAACUCACCAUGCCUAGGGGCAAAAAGAGCAAGAGCCGUUCCAGGGCCAAAAGGCAGCAGACUCGGGGGAAGAGCCAGAAUCUCCAGGGUACUCAACCCACUGCAGAGGAGAAAGCAACACCGCCCACUCUUGGUCAGGGAGAUGCCCCCAGCUCCCCUGAUAUCUACACUCCUCAGGGGUCCCAGGAGGCUGCAUCCCACAGCUCUCCUGAGUUAGAUGAGCCCUGCUCAGUCUAUGAUGUUGGUGCUGAGGGUUCUGUUGCAGGUGCUGAUGAGAGAAGUGCUGUCGGUGCUGAGGGUCCUGCUGUUGCAGAUGCUGAUGAGAGAAGUGCCUGUGCCUCCAAGAUAGCAGCUGCCAUUCUGGAUACACGCAGAGAUCCUCUGACCAAGAAGGCCAAUGCAUUGAUGGAGUUUGUGCUGGAGAAAUUUAAGGUGAAAGAGCCCUUCACACAGGCAGAUAUGCUGAGGGUGAUCAACAGGAAGUACAAGGUGCACUUCACUGAGAUCUUCAGGAGAGUCUCUGUGCGCUUGGAGGUGGUCUUUGGCCUCGAGUUGAAAGAAGUUGAUCCUGGUUCUCAGUCCUACAUGCUUGUGGGCAAGCUGGGUCUCUCCACUGAGGGAAGUCUGAGUAGCAGUAGUGGGUUGCCCAAGACAGGGCUCCUGAUGACCCUCUUGGGUGUGAUCUUCAUGAAGGGGAGCUGUGCCUCUGAGGAAUAUGUUUGGGAAUUCCUGAAAACAGUGGGGAUAUAUCCUGGGAAGAGUCAUGUAAUUUUUGGGGAGCCUCGGGAGUUUAUCACCAAAGAUUUGGUAGCAGAAAAUUAUUUGGAAUACAGCCAGGUUCCUGGCAGUGACCCCCCAAGUUAUGAGUUUAGGUGGGGUCCUAGAGCCUAUGUUGAAACCACCAAGAUGAAAGUCCUGGAAGUUGUAGCUAAGAUUAAUAAUACUUCCCCAAGUUUUUUCAUUAGUAUGUAUGAAGAGGCUAUGCUUGAUGAAGCUAAUAGAGCAGCAAGGAGGGUUACAAGAGUGCCUGGCAAUGCUGUUGAUGUCAGGGAUGUCAAGGCUCAUUGCAGAUGCAUGCCACACAGCUCCUCCCACAUUUAGUUGGGUUUGAGAUACAGUUUUCACUGUGUUAAAGAGUAGUCAGUCUUUUAAGUGAUGGAAUGUCUUAUGGGCUAGAAAUAAUAAAGUUUAUAUCUUAUUGUUCUGUAAUACAUAAAAAUUUGUGUUUUCCUUUUGUAUUUUGCAAAUGUUCCUUUAAUUGAGGAUUAGCUUGCUUCAUAAUUGCAUUUUAACAUUGUGCCUGACAUAUUUAUUGGAGUUUUUCAUGUUUAAGACUAAGAGUUUGGCUAUUUUCAAAGAAACUGGUAAAUUUUUAAAACAUUAAUAUGGCAUUGGAAAAGCAAUUUUCCUGGAAAUGUGGAAUUGCUUGAUGAAACAGAAGU